AUGAGUGCGGUUUCUGGUGUAAUUUCACGCAAAGUUCUGCCAGCUUGUGGAUCCCUUUGUUUCUUCUGUCCCUCCUUGAGGGCUAGGUCAAGACAGCCUGUGAAGAGAUACAAGAAACUUAUUGCAGACAUUUUCCCUCGUAAUCAUCAGGAGGAAGGGCCAAAUGAUAGAAAAAUAGGAAAAUUAUGUGAUUAUGCUGCCAAGAAUCCCUUACGCAUCCCAAAGAUAACUACUGCCCUUGAGCAAAGGUGCUACAAGGAGCUGCGAAAUGAGAAUUUCCAUUCAACAAAAAUAGUCAUGUGCAUUUACAGGAAAUUGCUGUUUUCUUGUAAAGAACAAAUGCCACUACUGGCAAGUAGCUUGGUAAUUAUUAUUCACACUCUGCUGGAUCAAACAAGACAGAAUGAGAUGAGAAUUAUAGGCUGCCACACUCUUUUUGAUUUAAUAAACAAUCAGAUUGAUGGAACUUACCAGUUCAACUUGGAGGGGUUUAUCCCAAAAAUUUGUCAAUUAGCUCAAGAACCAGGGGAAGAUGAAACGACAAAAACCGUUCGGGCAGCUGGUUUGCAAGUCCUUUCUUCGAUGGUUCACUAUAUGGGUGAACACUCUCAUAUAUCAGUAGAGUUUGAUAAUAUUGUUGAUGUUGUAUUGGAAAAUUACAAAGCUCCAAAUAGAAAUUUAGAAAAACUCAACGAUAAAGAGAAAGAAGGUCCGGAAAAUAUGUGGGUCCGAGAAGUAUCGAAAACUGAGGGUCGCGUCUCUCCUCUUAUAGAUGUUGAAAAGAGAAUUCCAUCAUGGAAGAAUAUUUUGAACGACAAAGGCGAAAUAAAUACAACAAUAGAGGAUGCAAAGGAUCCAUCCUUUUGGUCCAGGGUUUGCUUACAUAAUAUGGCCAACUUAGCCAAGGAGGGUACUUCCAUUCGUCGUAUAAUGGAAUCUUUGUUUAGAUACUUUGACAAUGGAAGUUUAUGGACUAUGGACCAUGGUCUUGCCUUUCACGUUCUAAAGGAUAUGCUAUUUUCACUUGAUGAGUCUGGGAAAAACACGCAUGUUUUACUGUCAAUAUUAGUUAAGCAUCUGGAUCAUAAAUUAGUUCUAAAGAAACCCAACAUUCAACUGGACAUUAUUGAAGUGGUUUUUUCACUCACUCAAUAUACCAAGGUGCAACCUUCUGUAGCAAUAAUCUGCGCAUUAAGUGAUUUAAUGAGACAUUUGCGGAAGAGCAUACAAUAUUCCCUUGAUGAUUCAAAUCUGAGCACCGAAACAAUAAGUUGGAACAAAAAAUUUGGAGAAGCGAUCAACAGGUGCCUUGUACAGUUAUCAAUUAAGGUUGGAGAAGCAGGUCCAAUUCUUGAUGCUAUGGCUGAUAUGUUGGAGAAUAUCUCUACUAUUACAGUAGUAUCUAGAGCCACAGUCACUGCUGUUUAUCAAACUUCUCAAAUCGUAGCCUCCUUACCAAAUUUGUCCUAUAAAAGCAAGGCAUUACCUGAAGCAAUAUUUCAUCAACUACUUCUAAAUAUGGUUCAUCCGGAUUCUGAAACACGAGUUGGAGCUCACCGAAUCUUCUCUGUUGUUUUAGUACCAACCUCUGUGUUUCCUCGUUCACGGUUGUCUGUAUCUGACCCCAAAGGUAUACCACGAACACUCUCCAGAGCGGUCUCUGUUUUCUCUUCUUCAGCUGCCUUAUUUCAGAAGUUAAGACACCAGAGGCAGUUUCCAAGUGAAAGCAUAAGUCAAAAUGAUAAUGAGAGUGUAGCUGAGGAGGAGUUACCAGUUAAUGGAAAUGGUGGAUUCUUGAACAGGUUGAAGUCAACCCAUAGUCAGAUGUGUUGUGCCAAUAGUACCCAGCAACCAACUGCAGCCGAUGAAGUUACUACAAGCAAUGCUAACAGGGACUUGGAAGCUUCAACUCUCAGGCUGAGCAGCCAUCAGAUAAAUCUCUUGCUAUCCUCAAUUUGGGCUCAGUCUAUCUUUACUGAAAAUACUCCCGCAAGUUAUGAAGCAAUCGCUCAUACAUACAGCUUACUGCUUCUGUUUUCUAGAUCCAAGAAUUCUUUUCACGAGGUCCUAGUCCGGAGUUUUCAACUUGCAUUUUCUUUGCGGAAUAUUUCUUUAAAAGGGUCAUUGCCACCAUCACAUCGUAGAUCACUAUUUACUUUGGCAACUUCAAUGAUUUUAUUUUCUUCAAAAGCAUACAAUGUUGAUUCUCUAGUCCGUAGUGCCAAGGCAGUGCUUACAGAGAGAAAGGUUGACCCCUACCUUCAUUUGAUUGAAGAUAACAAGUUACAAGCUGUAAGCUUUUCACCUGACAAUAUGACCAUCAUCUAUGGAUCUAAAGAAGACGACAAUAGGGCCUUACGCACAAUUUCAGAACUAUUGACCUCUGAACCCCAAGAUCAAGAAAUCUUUGUUUCAGAAAUUGUCAAGAGCUUGGAAUAUAUGUCGGAACCUGAAUUAUCCACGUUAAGGGAAGAUUUGCUAAAAGAAUUCUCACUAGAUGAUAUGUGCCCACUUGGAUUCCCAUUGAAUAUGCCAGAAAAGGAUGCUUCAUUUGUUUCAGCUGACGAUGAUUAUAUUCCCGAAGUAUUUGAUUGUCAAAUAAAAGAAAAUCCAGGAUUGUCCAUGGAGUUCCCUAGUCUUUUGAGUGCUAAUCAACUCUUAGAACUAGUAUCAGAUACAUGUAAUUCAGCCGGGAGAAUUUCUGUAUCUAUUGCAUAUGAUGUACCUUACAAGGAUAUGGCUCAUAACUGUGAAGUGCUUCUGAGGGGUAAACAUAACAUGUCCAUAUUGAUGACUACCCAACAGAAGCAAGAAAGUUUUAGGAACUUCUCUUCACAAAUUCAAAACAAAGACACCAAAAACACAAAUAUCUCUUCAGAUUCGGAUGUGAGUUUUCAGAAGAUGAGCACUCCUUUCUUUGAUGGGAAUACUGCUAUGGAUUUACAAAAACCAAAUUCUGAUCCUGUUCCAUUGUUAAGUGCGACAAUUCAGAAUCAUCCUCACCUGUUCAAGCUACCAGCAGCAAGUCCAUAUGAUAACUUUCUAAAAGCUGCUGGCUGUUGA